AUGGUGAUUCCUAUCCUACUAAAGUUUCCAAGGUUAAAGGAUUACAUUUGUUUGCUGGUUAUGUCGUCAUUUGCGGCUUUCAAAACCCGCAGUUUACUAAUGUUGGCAAAUCGUGGGUCUAGAGAAAUGGAUGCGAAGAAAGUUCAGUUGACGUUUUUGUUUGUUUGUGCAAUCAUUACGGCGGCAGCUGGAUUGGACGCAAACUCUGGGUGCACAGCAGAAAAGGGAGCAAAGGGUGCACUUGGUCAUCCGGGCCUACGUGGAGUGAGAGGUUACAAAGGCGAGCAGGGAAAUGAUGGAGUUAAAGGUUCCACUGGAACAAAAGUGCGAAUGACAAAAGGAGAUCCUGGAGUAAGAGGCGGUCCGGGUCUUCGAGGACCUCAAGGACCUCCUGGGUCGACGGGUCAGACGGGUAAGCCUGGCUUGAACGGAUUGGUUGGACCCAAAGGCUCAUCUGGGCUUCCAGGACGUGAGGGUCCAGUGGGACCGCUUGGUGUACCAGGUUUGAAAGGAAUCCAGGGAGAUAAAGGAAUCAAGGGUAGUGUUGGGUCCAGAGGUGUUGCAGGAUCUGAUGGAAAUCCUGGUCCACCUGGUCACACAGGCCCAUCUGGUACACGUGGAUAUAAAGGAGACAAAGGUCCACGUGGUUUAACAGGUCACAAGGGAGAGAGAGGGACACAAGGAAUCCCGGGACCUGCUUGGAUUGAAUCAGCUGGUCAUGGGUUUGUGUUAGUACCUGUGAAGAGAGUGGUAAUAAAGCUGGUAGAAAAAGAUGGAAGUGGAAAGUCACAUACUCCUUAG